AUGGUUGAGGAGGCCAAAUGGGAAGAUAUGACGAGCGAGUCGUCGGAUGUAUCGGACAACGAAGACGACGAUUCGCUCCUGGAGGAGCGACAGGCCGCCCUAGGCGACUCGGCCUUCGAGCCAGUCCUACCGAACGGGGUACGGCUUGGUCAUCGGUCGUUGCGGUACAUCUACAAGCAGAACCUCCUACCGUACGCGGUGGGCUCACAGUCGACUCAGGCGGGGAACCGCAACAUCAAUCUGAUCACCCGGCUCGCCGUGCUUUCCUCUCCUGCCGGCACGCCGUCGGCACUCACAGACCACACAGAGGCCUCCUCGGUCCUCAUACCCAGACUUGCCGUCUGCCUGAUCUCCAGCCCAAGCACUAGUCAAGCAAUCAACGAUCUGCGCAACCGCACCGGCGGCAAGGGCUUCUCGACCACCCAAGACACUGUUGCCUUUAUCUCCCAGCUAUACUUGCCCUUCAACCAGCAGCACGGCACCGUUGACUUCCCUUAUUACCAAAACUCCUCCUGA